UUGACUUGUCGGAAACUCCCACCAGUCAAAGUCAGUCAGUCAUUCGACUGAAAGUUAUUUCCUGCAACGAUGUGACACGAGAAGGUGAUGCCCGUUAGCAAACGAUAAAAGCUCGCGUUUAAAGGGUUUCAAUUGAACGAGGGGACAUGAAAUAAGGAAAGAUGAGAGACAGGCUGGUAGAACUGGGAGGUGCUGCCACCAAAGACCACAAAGAGGAAGACCAAGUAGAUAGCAGAGAAGAUGUGGACAGUGGUGAAUUUGAACAGCAUGCAGUUGUGUUUGAGGGCGAGGACAUCAUGGAGGACGUUUUUAGAGAAGCCCAGUCCAUACAGAAAGAAAUCGCCCAACUCCGUAUGGAAGUGAAGAGACUGGGCAAGCAGAACACACGCUUUCUCACCUCGGUCAGACGCAUUAGCAGCAUCAAACGUGACUCCAACACAAUCGCACGCAACAUCAAAACCAAAGGAGAGAACCUGUAUGCUCGGAUACAGAAGAUGGAUGCACUUUGUAAAGAGUUGGAGGAGGAACACGGAGCCCAUUCGGCUUUAGUGCGCAUGAUACGCGGUCAGUUCAUCUCUAUAACGGGUUCUUUUCACGAGGCCAUGAAUGAGUACAACAGCGCUGAAAUGGCACAGAGGGACAACUGCAAGACUCGCAUCCAAAGGCAAGCAGAGAUCAUGGGUAAAGAAGUGACUGGAGAUCAAAUCGAAGAGAUGAUCGAGACGGGCAAGUGGAAUGUCUUCUCUGACGACUUGCUCACAGAUGGGCGCACCGCUCGCUCAGCGCUCAACGAGAUCGAGAAUCGCCAUAAGGAGCUUUUAGAGUUAGAGAGUCGCAUCAGAGACAUCCAUGAUCUGUUUUUCCAGCUGGCCUUACUGGUGGAGGAACAAGGGCUCAUGGUGGACAACAUUGAGGCCAAUGUAUAUGCCACCCAAGACUUUGUGGCUAAAGCCACAACUCAGAUAAAGAAGGCUGUCAAAUACAAGAAGAAAAACCCUUGUCGACAGCUCUUCUGCUGCUGUUUUCCAUGUUGCAAUAAAUGAUCUCGGUGUUACCGCCUUAACCAUUUCGCAAAAGCCAUAGCAUAUGGCUAGUCUGGCAUGCUAGUGUUAACAGUGUCAUGUGAUUUGCUCUGAAGAGACCAACAGAAGCCCAGUGCCUGCGCUUGAUGUUUAUCAUUCUGAAAAACCUUGUGUUUUCUUGUAAACCACAGGAGCUGCAAUGCAAAUGAACUAAAGUGAUACUGCGAUCUCACUGCUAAACAUCUGCGAGAGUCACAGGACAUUCAUGUGAUGUGUUAAAGAUAUAAGAUAUAACCACAAGUAAAAGUUUUUAUUUACGCCCAUGUACAGUGCACCAGCAAAUAUUAUACAGAAACAUGUUUUACCGAUGAAUCCACUGCUUUAUUUUAAUGUACAUUUAUUUGUUUAUGUAUGAUUUGUUGCAUUAAUUUAAUAAAUAUUUUUAACUUUUAA